AGAAGCAAGCUUCUCGCAGCUUCCAGUUUCCAUCUCGCUCUGUUCUAGUCUCCAUUUUCGAAGCUCCCUCCUCCUCCUCCGCGUGCUGCCAAGCUUUUGCACCGAUUUCGAUCCCGUUGGUUUUGUCUUUUCAAACCACGAUUGACACCAGUGCUAGCGCAUACCUCGGUCCUGACGCCGCUUCCUAAGUCUGUUCGAUUUCGUCAUGGCAGACACAAAGAUUAUCAAGGAGGAGAACCCUGAGCUUUUCAGGAACCCUGGGAAGGGUUGGGUAGACCAUGUGCAUCAGCAGAACCUUAAGAAGGGCAUUGAGCGUCUAGAUCGGCGUUCGGAGCACCCGAACAAGGGCGCUGUGAAGAAACACGGCCACGGUGGUAAGUUUACGGUCGACGGGCCGUACCGAGAGGAAGACUACGCCAAUCCUGUUCCCGUUGCGAUGGACAAGAACGAUCCCAACUACGUGGACCCUGAAGAAGAAGAGGCCGACAAUGACGCAGGAGUUCCUGUGAGCGACACUGCCAAGGAUGCCGACACCAGCGCUGGCGCUGCACAUCCAGCAGUAUGACUCCUCAGUUUUGUAAACCUUUUGGUUCUCCUACACGAACGUAACCGUCGCUGACAAUGGGACGUAGAGCCUUGGCGUGUUUAGUACGACCGCAUUCUGCUCGCGGGGAGCCUUAAGACAUCCGCAAGCUUAACCCCAAUCCUAGUAAAUACUUCCUAUGCGAUACAUCUCUCAAGGAUAUAUUAGCGAUUCCAACUAAAUGCAUAAGUGUACAUAAUUAGUUAUCAGCAUUCAGUUCAAACGAGGGUUGUGUGAGUACGAACUAAAUGCUGAGAUGUAUACAGUGAUCCAGCUUCAUAUGCAAUUUAGUUAAGCCUGCCAUAUUCGAAUCCUAAGCAAGGUGAUGGUAACUACCAGUGCAUGAAAAUUCAGUUCGUUGCAGAUUCAUCGAUCAUCAGUGUUCAAGAUUGCAAUUCGAUGCUACAGAACUGAAUUCAUUUGGCAAUUGGAAGGCAUUGCUUGUUCACAUCGUGACUUAGAUUUUUGCUCUUGCUCUAGUAAAGUAGAGCCUCCGGUUCGAGAUUCAACAGCUAUUCCUCUUCUUCCAAGAUGAGAUAGUAUCUUCUGUCUACAUGUACGGUGAUGUCUUGAUUUAAUAAAACAUUUGCAUCGUGUUGAAUCA